CUUUUCCCCCAAAUUUGUGGUCCUAAAAUCUAUUUUCAACAACACCCCACUUUGAUUCAAAGACUAAUUUCCAUCGAUCUUAAGUCAUUUAUCAAUUUCCAGAUUUCCAGAUGGAUGGCAAUAAAGAUGAAGCUUUAAGAUGUUUAGAAAUUGGGAAAAAAGCAUUAGGGUUAGGCGAUCGAAUUCGUGCACUUAAAUUUAUUAAAAAAGCUCAAAGAUUAGACCCAUCACUUAAUGUUAAUGAUUUGUUAUCAAAUCUUGAUGAUAAUAAUGAAACACCCACUUCGCCAGAGACCGGAAAUGGUGUCGGUGAUGGUCCCGGGGUUCGUCGUAGGGGUCCGGGAAAUGGGUCUGUGUCGGGUUUGGGAUCGGGUUCAGGGUUGGGUUCGUGUACUCAAGAACAGAUAAUAAUAGUGAGGGAUAUUAGAAGGAAAAAAGAUUUUUAUGAUAUAUUAGGAUUGGAGAAGAGUUGUAGUGUUGAAGAUGUUAGAAAAGCGUAUAGGAAGUUGUCGUUGAAGGUUCAUCCUGAUAAGAAUAAGGCGCCCGGGUCAGAAGAGGCGUUUAAGAAAGUGUCGAAAGCGUUUCAGUGUUUGAGUGUUGAGGAGAGUCGGAAACAGUAUGAUGUUGUUGGAUCGGAUGAGCCUAGUUUUCAAAGGCAGACGACUAGGCAUCAUCAUCGGGCUAGUCAUCAAGGGUUUGGUAAUGGGUUUUAUUAUGGAGGGGAUGUUGAUGCGGAGGAGAUUUUUAGGAACUUUUUCUUUGGAGGGAUGAAUAGUGGGGCGACGACGCAGUUUAGUGGGUUUGGUUUUGGGAAUGGGAUGGGGACAAGGACAAGAACACGGACGACUCAUACUGCUCAUAAUGUUUCCGAUGGGUUUAACGUGAAGGCUUUGCUGCAGCUGUUACCGGUGCUUUUGAUUAUUUUGUUCAGCAUUUGGCCAUCCAAUGAGCCAGUUUAUUCACUUUCGAGGACUUAUAGUUAUGAUUACCGUUUGCUUACUCAAAAAGGGGUUCCUUUUUAUGUAAAAUCACGUAACUUUGAGCAAAGUUACCCGUCUAACAGUCCAGAAAGAAUGCAGCUUGAAGGAAGGAUUGAGCACGAGUAUUUGUCAAUUCUUUCUCACAAUUGUCGGUUAGAGACACAACGGCUUCACUUUGGGUAUCAGCGUCAAACACCUAAUUGUGAUAUGUUGAAGAAGUUUGAUGCUAACUUGGUUUCUUAAUUAAAGAUUAUUUUCCUCAAUCUGAAAAUUUGUUGAAGGUCUGAGGAUAUGCUAGAGGGAAUUUCCUCUUCAAAUAUGGAUCAUGUAAGUUUGGCUGCAUUUGGUAGCUGGUGUUUGGAGUAAAGUCGUUAAGCAACUCCAGACGAGUUUAUAGCCAAAAUUUGUAUCGUCUUUUGAGGUUUAAAGAUACGAGUUAUAUGUAUACUCAGUCAUUUUUAGCUACUGUGGGCAGAGCAUUUAACACUUGUGUAAUAAAUUGUCGUAUACUAUUGUAAAUUUCCUGAUAAUAGGCUUUGUUAACAAUAGUCUUUUGUUUGCAA